GGCGCACGGGAGAGGCCCGGGGUCAAGACGUCCGGCCUCGGGGGCCCCGGCUGGACCGCCGCGUCCCCUGGGCAGUCCUGAGCUGGCGAGCGGCGGGCGGGGGCCCGGGGCUCAGGGAACCCAGGCCGGGUCGCAGGAUCGGCCACCAUCGCCGCCGCCGCCGCACUGGGAGCCCGCGGGGAUGGAGCGGGAGGCGUCGCCGUGGGGCCUCGAGCCCCAGGAUGUUCAGAGUUCUGACGAAAUGAGGAGCCCCGAAGGGUCUCUCAGAGGCAACAUGAGUGAGAAUGAAGAGGAAAUUUCUCAGCAAGAAGGCACUGGGGACUAUGAAGUCGAAGAGAUACCUUUUGGACUUGAACCCCAAAGCCCUCGGUUUGAGCCACAAAGCCCAGAGUUUGAACCCCAAAGCCCCAGAUUUGAGCCUGAAAGCCCGGGUUUUGAGUCCCGAAGCCCUGCGCUUGUGCCCCCAAGCCCUGAGUUUGCACCCAGAAGCCCUGAAUCAGACUCUCAGAGCCCUGAGUUUGAAUCCCAGAGCCCUAGGUAUGAACCCCAAAGCCCUGGCUAUGAACCCAAGAGCCCGGGCUAUGAACCCCGGAGCCCUGGCUAUGAACCUCGGAGCCCUGGCUAUGAAUCUGAGAGCUCUAGAUAUGAACCCCAGAACCCUGAGUUCAAAACCCAAACCCCAGAAUUUGAAGCUCAAAGUUCCAAAUUCCAGGAAGGUGAAGAGGUGCUUCUGAAUCCUGAGGAAAAAAGUCCCUUGAAUAUCUCCUUAGGAGUUCACCCCCUGGACUCCUUCACUCAAGGGUUUGGGGAGCAGCCCACCGGGGGCCUGCCCAUAGGGCCACCUUUUGAGAUGCCCACAGGGGCCCUGCUGUCUACACCGCAGUUUGAGAUGCUUCAGAAUCCCCUGGGUCUCUCAGGAGCCCUUCGAGGUCCAGGCCGGCGGGGUGGCCGGGCCAGGGGGGGGCAGGGCCCUCGGCCUAACAUCUGCGGCAUCUGCGGAAAGAGCUUCGGGCGGGGCUCCACCCUGAUCCAGCACCAGCGCAUCCACACGGGUGAGAAGCCCUACAAAUGUGAGGUCUGCAGCAAGGCCUUCUCUCAGAGCUCUGACCUCAUCAAACACCAGCGCACCCACACGGGCGAGCGGCCCUACAAGUGUCCCCGUUGUGGCAAGGCCUUCGCUGACAGCUCUUACCUGCUUCGCCACCAGCGCACCCACUCUGGCCAGAAGCCCUACAAGUGCCCACAUUGUGGCAAGGCCUUCGGCGACAGCUCCUACCUCCUGCGACACCAGCGUACCCACAGCCAUGAGCGGCCCUACAGCUGCACUGAGUGCGGCAAGUGCUAUAGCCAGAACUCAUCCCUGCGUAGCCAUCAGAGGGUGCACACCGGGCAGAGGCCCUUCAGCUGUGGCAUCUGCGGCAAGAGCUUCUCCCAGCGGUCGGCCCUUAUCCCCCAUGCCCGCAGUCACGCCCGGGAGAAGCCAUUCAAGUGCCCUGAGUGCGGCAAGCGCUUUGGCCAGAGCUCGGUGCUGGCCAUCCACGCCCGCACCCACCUGCCAGGCCGCACCUACAGCUGCCCCGACUGCGGCAAGACCUUCAAUCGCUCCUCCACGCUCAUCCAGCACCAGCGCUCCCACACGGGCGAGCGGCCCUACAGGUGCGCCGUGUGCGGGAAGGGCUUUUGCCGCUCCUCCACACUGCUGCAGCAUCACCGGGUCCACAGUGGCGAGCGGCCCUACAAGUGUGAUGACUGCGGAAAGGCCUUCUCACAGAGCUCUGACCUCAUCCGCCACCAGCGGACCCACGCGGCGGGCCGGCGCUGACCUGGGGCCCCAGCAGGAGUGGGAGGCAUGGGCAGAAGAUAAGGGGCCAGGGAGCUAGAGGAACCUUUAGGGAGGAUAGUGGAGAAGCCACAGUAGAAUGGAGGAGCUGAGGAUGCUGGAAGAAGAGGGCCAGGGUGGAGGAAGUGACAUACCCUGGAGACUUGUGGGAAAUGGGUUGGAGGGAGGCCAGGCCGGCAGCGGGAGGCCCUGGGAGAAAUGGAGAGAGGUCAGUGGAGGGCUGGCUUCGGCCACGGCUCUUCGGUAGGUGCCUGGCUUGGCAACGUGCUAGAACGGGGAGGGGGGAGGGUAGGGGGUUACCUAAUUAGAAUGGGGUAGCUUAGAUUGGUAGCUGCUGAGACCCUUGUUGAGUCAGGAGCAGGUAAAGGGUAGGUGGGGUGGGGAGUGGGGCCCUGGGGUGGGGCCUGGGCCUCUGCCUGCAAACCCCAGCCUCCCUCGUCUUCCUCAGGAUUUGGAGCCCCUGAGUUUGAGUUCAAUAAAAACCUUUAUGUGAUAAA